CAGUUUAGCGCAUUCCCAGCAUGGCGCGUUUGGAUUGUUGUUGGAUUUUGUGGCUGGUCUUGUGGGUUUUGGGCGCUCACGUUUCCUCGGUGUCAGGGGACUGGCCCGUGACUAAGAUAUGCAGUAGAGACAGGAAGAUGAGGCUGAUAAUUGAUGGCUUUCCGACUGUUUAUAUCAAAAAGACGACAGGUCGACCUGUUAUGGUGACCAAUGAUCUCCCAGGAAUCGUCUUCCGUCCCAUGUUUAGCUACACCGCACUAACGGUGUUCUUGUCUCCCUGGUACGGUUACGUGUCUGAACAGUACUAUAUGUAUGUUGUGACCAUUGCAUUAGGACGUCCCUAUAAUUGGAAAACCUUCACUUGCCCUUGGCCAGAUCCACGACUUCUGAGUGCUGAGCGAUGCACAGUUGCAGAAAGCCAGAAGCUCCCUUGUGGAGGGUCUUCAUCCAUCACUCAAGCAGACUGUGUAGCCAAAAACUGUUGCUACGAUUCAAGCAGCAGCACCAGUCCAUGCUACUAUGCCAAUGAUGUGACUGUGCAGUGCACCCUGGAUGGCCAGUUUGUGGUGGUGGUGUCUGAGAAUGUGACCCUUCCUCCCCUGGAUCUUGGGUCCAUCAAGUUGGAGGACAGCAGUUCCCCCAGCUGCAGCCCUGUGUCCAGCCUGUCCAGCUUUGUCAUGUACCAGUUUCCAGUCAGUGCCUGUGGUAGCACAGUUCAGUUGGCUGGUGGCAAUGUGACCUACCAGAACACCAUGUCUGCUGCCAUCGCUGUGAGGACUGGUCCAGUAGGCUCCAUCACCAGGGACAGUGUCUACAAGUUAUUCUUCUAGUGCACCUACUCGGCAAGCCAGGAUGUGCAAGUGGAGGCUGAGGUGUAUACUGUGGCGCCACCUCUUCCAGUAGUAGAGCAAGGGCCAUUUGACCUGGAAUUGGUCAUUGCAACAGAUUCCUCCUAUGGCUCCUACUAUGUGGAUGCUGACUACCCAGUGA